AUGUGGAUUGGGGAUUUUCACUGGAUCAUCGAUAUCUCCCAAGAGAAGCAAGUUCCCGGAAACCGGCAUUCCAAGCCCGAGAGUCUUCUUUCUGUUCGGGCCACGAGCGUAGGAGAACUUGAGGCGGACGUUGGUGUUCACGUUAGAAAUGCACAACUCUCAGACCUUGGCGUGGAAUGUGCACCAAUCCUGAAGACCUGCGAUGGCGACAUGCUGUUGGUGCUGCCAGAAGCCAGGGUCUCGUUCAAGGGGUUGACAGAGGUGGUGUUGAUGGCGCCUUUGUCUACGAAGACAGUGAGGCAAAAGAAGUCCCAGAGGGCGAUGAUGUUGAGGAUCAUGGGCAUAUAUGGUAUUGCAGCAAGGAACACUGUCGUAGCCGAUAUAUGUUGUAGUUCGGCCGCAGUAGAUGAGGAAGCGCUUGAUUGGCGAGACGAGAAGGAGCAGGAGAGCUGGAAAGCUGGACGUCUUCUCAGAUCCCAGGCAGCAAACAAGAAGGUUGGUGACCGCGGAUAUGAGCCACAACUAGUACACGGACCCACUGACUGCGACAACAGCUCAACCUGCUUUGCUCACCCUCCACUUCCACUCUCGAUCAAACCAAAUUUUGCAAUCCGCAACAACGUCGAGAAAGCCCCCAGCCCAGCGAUGGCGCCGCCCAAUCUACUCGACCUCCCGCCAGAGAUCCGAAACUACAUCUAUGAAUACGCUCUAGUCUCUGAGACUGGUAGUCUUUUCUAUCGCGAUCCCCAGGAAAUGGAAUUGCCCCCAGAAGAGACUGAGGCUAGGGUUACCAAGCGGGAGAAUACCGGCACAAAGAUCCUAUUUGCCUAUUACAAAGCCCCUUCCGUAUCUCGAAUCCAUUUAUGCGAGACUGGGGAGUCACAUACAGAGAUGAAUCAACUCAAGUACGUCUGUCGACAGCUUCACCAUGAGACCAAACGACUCGAGAUGAGGUACAACAACCUGGUGUGCCAAGAAGACGCGAUAUGCCCCCUCCCUGCAGACAUACAACUUGCUCGCUGUCUGCACAUCUGCGACCAUGCUUGGCUGUCGAAGAUACGGACCAUCAUUCUAAAGUCAACAAAGAGUCAUGGUGACUCGGCCACAUUGCCAGUGCCCUCACAGAUCCCCAAGAUUAGGCAUCAAGUCGAUUUUGAAGCGUAUCCUGUCAAAUUCAUUACAGACUUUUGCGUUGCCAACCCUAAAAUCACAAUCAAGUAUUACAGGAGUGAACUACGACAGAUCACAUGGCGGGGUUUCUGGGCCGGCUUGUUGGUAGGCCAUUUGUCAACUGGACGACAGAUGCCCAUCAACCUUUACGGAACGAAACACUUGCAAACCUACCAACGCAGAGUAGCGGGUAAAAAUGGAAUGAUUGGGUCCCGUGGAACGCUUGUGCAGUGCCCAAACUUGCGAAUGUUCCCCCACGACGAAGCUUUUGACGAAGCCAAGUUCAGGGCGGGAGCUGUCGCUGAUGCCAAUAUGCGGUCGGAAAUCCUGCCUUUCAUCGCUGGUGGACUUGAUACAUGUGUCAAGGAGGUGAAGAGGAUCUUUCUGGAAGGAUUCUGA